CACUUCAAAACAAGACUAAGUGCUCUCGCCCUUUUGGCAGCUUUGCUCAGUUGUGUGCCUUUUGCAGCGAACGUGGAGGCCAAUAAAGACCUUUUCUUUCUCAGUUUCAUUUUCUCCAUGCUGUGAGUUGUAAUUGAGGGCAAUUAUUUUCUUAUAAUCGGUGUUGCCGGACUGUUCUGCAAGGAUCAGGUGAACACAUCGGAUAUCCUUUCAAAAAUCAAGGAAACAAUUAUUAUUAUUCUGGUCAUCAAUGGAAAGAAUGGAAAGAUUUUAGCUCAUGCAUGUACGGUAGUUAGUACGAACUUCCAAGUCAUGUUACCCAGUCUGCCACCCAUGAUCUGCAAGACACUUUUAUUGCUGGUCCUGCUGGUAUGCCUCGAUGGUGUCAAUCCUGGGGAGAGCACUUCCGUGAAUGACGACGAUGAGCGAAUUCACUUGAUGUUUAUUUUGACGAACGUGGACAGUAACUGGCAUAUCGCACGUAGAUUUACCAUCUAUGCUGAGUCCCUGUUGGCCACUACGGAUGCAGCUAUAACCAUACACGCCAUUGUGGAUGAUGGUGGCAAGCGGCAUGUCAGAAAGUAUUUCCCCGAGAGCGUGGCGCCACGCGUACAAGUGGUGUUUUAUGAUCGGGACGACGUCACGGAUCAGAUCCUGCAGUUUGUCACCGACAUGCGAUCACACUUCAGCAGCAGCAACACUAGCUACUACCAUGACGCCAUCUUUUUUGUCGGACCCGUUGUCUAUCGUGUGCUGCCGGACACCGUCAAGCGGGUGAUAAUCACCGACACCGAUUUGAAGUUCUUGGCCGACAUCCGUGGACUCUGGUCGAGGUUUGAGCAGUUCACGGAUGAGCAGGUGAUUGGAUUGGCGCACGACGCACAGCCUGUCUACUAUCACAUAUUUCACAAGCACCGGCAAGCCAAUCCUGGAACCAGGGUGGGGGCGCCACCACCGGAUGGCUUACCGGGUUUCAACAGCGGAGUCAUGCUCCAGGACCUGGAGAAAAUGAGAGACGCGGAUGCCUAUCGCAACGUCCUGGACCCCAAACUGGUGGCCCAACUCGCCGACAAGUACCAAUUCAAGGGUCACCUGGGUGAUCAGGACCUGUACUCGUUGCUUGUCGUGGAGCACGAGCACUUAUUUCACACACUACCCUGUAACUGGAACCGUCAGCUGUGCCGGUGGUGGGAACGAGGCUACCAGGACGUGUUUGAGAAGUUCUUCAACUGCGACGGUCCCGUCAAGAUUUAUCACGGCAAUUGCGGCACCGCAAUCCCGGAAGGAGACGGAACCGAAACGGGCGGCGACGCUGGCCUUGAGAAAGCAGAGCUUUGAUGCCACGGGCGUGUAAUAAACCAAUGAGUAACGGCAGCAUAGAGCUAGUUAGUCUCGGGUGCUAGUACUUCGAGACGCAUCACUGAUAUCUAUUUUCUUAUGUUUUGAAGUGUGGGCGCUGGGUGCCUCUUUUCUUUCAAGGUAGUAUUCUAUGUCGGUAGGUCAGCUGAGAUCUGUUCUAAUUAACCCGUGGUCUUUUUCCACAUUUGAAAUGAUAGCCAUUAGUAAUAGUGCUACAGCAGCAGCUUGAGGCUUUGAGCUUUUAUUUUUAUUUUUUAUUUUUUUAGUGUUAAUAAUAGACUGCAUGCACCCUAUUUCUGAUGAGCUUCCCCAGCCUCUAUUGGUUUGAACAUUUUAUUUACUUUCUCUAGGAUUCCGCAUUUUCUGCAGAGAGUCACUUUACUUUUUGUUUUGUUUUUAGCAGUUUUAGAUACGACCUACAAGUAGAUUAGAAUGCACCGGUUUGGAAUGAGGUUAGAACGGUUAUUAUGUAUCUAAUCAUUCUUGCACAAUAUACAUGUAGAAGUGAACCAAGGCUAUUGCAUAGUUAAAUUAAAAAGGUCA